CAGGCUUCCCUGCUGUUCCACAUCACUCUGCUGUGCUCUGUGUGUGUACGUGUUUUUAUAUGUGUGUUUGAAACAAACAGAAAGCGUGUCAGGACCGACGAGAGGGAGGACUCUUCUUUUUUGCCUGAUAUUUCAAAAACAUGGACGCUGCAGAGUUCCGGAGAUGCGGGAAGGAGAUGGUGGACUAUGUGGCCGAUUAUUUAGAGAACAUUGAGAAGAGGCAGGUUUACCCUGAUGUGGAACCUGGAUAUCUCAGGUCACUGAUUCCUGAGGAGGCCCCGGAGGAGGCAGAGAGCUAUGAGGAUGUGGUCAAAGACAUAGAGAGGGUGAUCAUGCCAGGGGUGACACACUGGCACAGCCCAUACUUCUAUGCAUACUUUCCUACUGCUAACUCUUUUCCUGCAAUGCUGGCUGAUAUGCUGUGUGGAGCCAUUGGCUGCAUUGGAUUUUCUUGGGCAGCGAGUCCUGCCUGUACAGAGCUGGAGACAGUGAUGCUGGACUGGCUGGGAAAGAUGCUAAAGCUACCAGAAGAUUUUCUUGCUGGUACAGAGGGGAGAGGGGGAGGGGUCAUCCAGGGCACUGCCAGUGAAGCCACUCUCAUAGCUCUUCUCGCUGCUCGUUCCAAAGUCGUCAAACUGAUCCAGGCUGACCAUCCUGACCGAUCUGAGACUGACAUUAUAUCCAAACUAGUCGCCUACUCAUCUGAUCAGGCGCACUCAUCGGUGGAGAGGGCAGGUUUGAUAGGUGGAGUAAGGAUGAAGAAAAUUCCCACUGAUAAGAAGUUUUCUGUGCGAGGAGAUGCACUGAAGAAAGUUAUAGAAAUGGACAAAGCCGCAGGACUCAUACCAUUUUUUUUUUGUGCAACAUUGGGAACAACGCCAUCCUGUGCGUUUGACUGCAUCACUGAGCUCGGCCCUAUAUGUAAUGCAGAGAAAAUCUGGAUGCACAUUGAUGCUGCGUAUGCUGGAAGUGCAUUUAUCUGUCCAGAGUUCAGACCUCUUCUGAAUGGCAUAGAGUUCGCAGACUCUUUCAAUUUCAAUCCUCAUAAAUGGCUCCUGGUUAACUUUGACUGCUCGGCAAUGUGGGUAAAGAAGAGAUCAGACAUCAUUGGAGCAUUUAAAAUUGAGCCACUUUAUCUGAAGCAUGAUCACCAAGAGUCAGGACUUGUCACUGAUUAUAGACACUGGCAGAUCCCAUUGGGUCGUAGGUUCCGCGCUCUCAAGAUGUGGUUUGUGUUUCGCAUGUACGGACUCAAAGGUCUCCAAGCCUACAUCCGCAAGCAUGUCGGACUGACCAAAGAGUUUGAAUGUUUGGUGAGAGCUGAUCAGCUCGAGAUCUCAGCUGAUGUUGUGAUGGGCCUCAUCUGCUUUAGACUCAAGGGCUCCAAUAAAUUAAAUGAAACUCUGGUGAAAAGAAUCAACAGUGCACAUAAGAUCCACUUGGUACCAUGCCAACUGGCAGGCAAGUUUGUCCUGCGCUUUGCCAUGUGUGCCCGUACUACUGAGUCACGGCAUGUUCAGGGGGCCUGGUGCCACAUCAGCCACCUGGCAACAGAGCUGCUUCAGGAACUGCCCCACUGACCCCUGUGGUGGGCAUCACAUUAAGUCAAAAGGGUGAUCUGUACCACAUCUGCUUUCCACACUGUCUUACUUUCACUCUACUGCUGUGAUUCAUUCUACUAUUUAUUGUCAAAAUGUGUGUAUGUGAAUGUAUGCAUGCUUGUCACAAAGGUGUCCACCAAAAGUGCAGAUUGUCUGUGUCUUUGUAAGCUUGAUCAUAUGUGCCCUCUGCUGUGAGUGGUGUUUUUCCCCCAAAAAUGUACUGUUGUA